AUGCAGUUAUCGUCUGAGAGUUAUUGCAUCCACGCCUGGCUGAGCAGAAGACACAUGCUGAGGGGUGACCGGGAGCUGCGACUGCUGCUGAAGUCAGCUGGCUCAGGUGGCCGCUCGUCACGCGGAAGCUCUGCAAAGGUUGGGAAAGGCUGGUUCGCGUUUGUCACUGGAGCCUGGUGUUGGUUUUAUUCUCUGUAUGAUUUGGGCUUCUUUUCUGUUUCAGGGAUUUUGGAGUUUAUUAGCCUGGCAGUGGGGCUGGUGAGCAUCCGUGGGGUGGACUCAGGACUCUACCUCGGCAUGAAUGAGAGAGGCGAGCUGUAUGGGUCGAAGAAGCUCACACGGGAGUGCGUUUUCCGAGAGCAGUUUGAAGAGAACUGGUACAACACAUACGCCUCAACCCUCUACAAGCAUCCCGACUCGGAGAGGCAUUACUACGUGGCUCUGAACAAGGACGGCUCCCCCCGCGAGGGGUACAGGACUAAGAGACAUCAGAAAUUCACUCAUUUUUUACCCAGGCCUGUGGACCCUGCCAAAAUACCCGCCAUGUACAGAGACCUCUUCCACUACAGGUGAUGUUUCCUGCAGCUGCCCCGUCAGUGUACAUACUUGGGCUCCCAAGCUUCUUCCCAGAGCACUAUAUUAAUAGUCAUUCCAUCAUUCCUGUAAGCGUAGAUGACAUAGGAAAGCACUUACAUUGAAUUCAGACACUGCUGUUCCUCCUUGUUUCAAGCGUAUAUCGAACCUGGGUUAUUUAUGGGGGUGGGGGCAGGGGAAGGGAGGGAACCCUACAUAUAAUCUUUCGUUUUCAUUCACUUUCUUUACCCGGUUGCUACAAGAGAGGCCGAAUAUUCAGUGUUACGGUUGCUUAAAGGAACAAGCAGGCGAGCAAACCUGAUCACCAGGGCGGGAAAAAAAAAAACCAACAACAAACCUAAAAAUGAAGAGAAGGAAAGAAAACAAAAGACCACAGAACUGCUGCAGGUGCUGCUGCUAAGCUCGGGAUGGUUACCUGCUAAGAAAAAGCCUUUGGAAUGGUACCCUGCUUAAGCAGCCCGGGAGUUUGCUACAUGGAUGAUGCUACGUGGACUGGUCCUGAUGCGUGGGGUUUUUUCCUGCUGUUGGGGUGGGAAUGGGGCGAGGAACAUUAUUCAGAUGUAAGCAUGGAUACUGUGCAUAAGGACAAAACUAUUUAUAAAAUGUAUAUGAUAUUUAUUUUAUAUAUUUAUUUAUUUCAAAAUAAUUUUAUUUUUAAUGAGAGAUGCUAUGACCGGAUUUUCAUCAGGAAGAAUAAGGUCCUACUGAAA